UCACCCGAGGAUAUGUUUUUAUUGAUUUUAGAGAGGAAGGGAGAGAGAGGGGGCGGGAGAAAGAGAAACAUCGAUCGCUGCCUCCCAUCUGCGCCCCAAGCAUUUCGUGGUCUAGAAACACUUUCAGAAUCAUAUGAGAUCUCGUGAGAAUUGAGGGCUAGCAAGAUGCACUGUAUUUGAUUCUUUUUUUAUUUUUUUAAUCCUCACCCGAGGAUAUGUUUUUAUUAAUUUUACAGAGAGGGGAAGGGAGAGAGGCGAGAGAAGCAGCGGUGGUCAGGGCUGUUUGAUUCUUGCAGGAAGCGGGUGAGAACUAAGAGGGAAGGAUUGGCAGGCUUGCAGAGCAGUGUUUGCUCUCAAGGAAGGUGAAGUUGAACUAUGAAGACAAGACACAAAUGUUUACAGCGUUUGCCUCAUCUGACUCCUUUAACUAAGGUGAUACAGUCAGAGACGGCUUUUCCUCAAGACCAAAUUAGUAGUAAAGAGGGCAGGAGGACAGGUGUACUAACGGCCAGAGUGCUUCUUCCUGGCUGGUCAGUGCACAGCGACUUGCGUGGCAUCAGCAGGUCUUGUUAAAAGGAAAGCCUUAAAGAUCCUCCAAAAUUCAAAACGACGCUCUAAGUCACUUAUGGACCUGUCGUUGUAGAAUGUAUUUAAAUUGUCCUUCAGCAUAUUCCUAUUCUCAGGCAUUUUCUCUUCAGAUGAGGAUUCUGUACCUCUCAUUUGACAGUGUGGCCAAGUAGGUACCAUGAUGAAAAUAACUAAAAAUGCUGGGGGGUGGGGGGGGGGCACACAAAUAUAUUUGAAAUGUAUGUUAGUAAAGAAUACUUGGAGCCCAAAAUCCAAGGGAAAGAGGAAGCUCUUAAGAGGUAAGGAGAGUUCUGAAACCAACUUUGAGGGCUUUUGCUGAACAUUCAUCUGUGGUGUUUAUGACCUCAAGGGGCCUGGAAAAUAGAAGAUGAAACUCAAAGCCUAAGAAAAAAAGGAGGGGGAAUAACAUCAUCUAAAAGAAGGCAAGAAAGAAGAUGAAAGAUGGGAUAAAUCACACAGAAAAGCACAGGCGGAAGCGCCGCGCCACACCCUUGGCUUCUCCCUCGCCGCCCCCACAAGAGACAGAGGCCGAAGAGAUGUCACUCCAGUCAGUGAUGGCCGCCCUCCAGGCCGUGGAGAAGAAGAUGGAGGCCCAGGCCGCACAGCUGCAGAGCCUGGAGAGACGCAUGGAGACAGCCGAGAAGAAGCUGGCUGACUUUGAGAAGACGGCCGUGGAGUUCGGGAACCAGCUGGAGGGCAAGUGGGCCGUGCUGGGGACCCUGCUGCAGGAGUACGGGCUGCUGCAGAGGCGGAUGGAGAACAUGGAGAACCUGCUGAGGAACAGGAACUUCUGGGUCCUGCGGCUGCCCCCGGGCAGCACAGGGGAGGCCCCCAAGAUGCCCAGGUCACUCGAGAAUGAUGGAGUCUGCUUCUCGGAGCAGGAGUGGGAGAAUCUGGAGGACUGGCAGAAGGAGCUAUACAGAAACGUGAUGAUGAGCAACUAUGAGACGCUAGUCUCUCUGAAGGUCCUUGGCCAGCCAGAAGGAGAAGCGGAGUUGGGUACAGAGAUGCUGGGAGACUUGGAGGAGGAAGGCCUUGGUGGUGUCCAUCCAGAAGGGGUUGUGAUUAAGCAGGAGGUAGAGUACCCGCCGGAACGCUCUGAGGAUCUUCCGGGAGAGCUCUCAGGCCCCGCGGAAGAGCCGGCUUUCCUAGGCCCGGAACAGACUGAGCUCUGGAAUACUCAGGGCGGUUCUGUCCUCUUGGAACCAGGGGCCGGGGACGCUAAUCUAGAGGAGCCCACUGAGGGCAGCAGAGACCCUGGCAGUGACAGAAAUCUGGACUGCCCCCCGAAGCAGAAAUCUAAUAGGCCGGUGCAACUGGCUCCGGAAUGUAAUCCGGCCCUGAAGCUGAAUAGGGAAGAUUUCGGCCCCUACGAUUGUCCUGAGUGCGAGCUCAGCUUCCGCUGUGAGCAGCAGCUGGCCUAUCUACGGGCCCACCCAUCGUGGGAGUCUUCCACCACCUCAGAGCCAGAGGAGGGUCUUAGGUCCAGGCCACUGCUGAAGCCCCCGUCCAAGAAGGGGAAGCAGCAUCAGUGUGACGUGUGCAUGAGGAGCUUCAGCAGCAAGGUGAACCUGGUGAACCACCAGCGCUGCCAUUUGCAGGAGGGGCCCAGUGGUGGCCAGCGUGUCCAGGAGAGGUUCUCGCCCAACAGCCUGGUUGCCCUGCCCGGCCACAUCCCCUGGAGGAAAAGCCGGAGUUGCCUCAUCUGUGGUUACUGUGGCAAGAGCUUCAGCCACCCAUCAGAUCUGGUGCGGCACCAGCGCAUCCACACGGGUGAGCGGCCCUACACCUGCCCCGAGUGUGAGCGGAGCUUCGUGCAGAAGCAGCACCUCCUGCAGCACCAGAAGAUCCACCAGCGGGAGCGUGGCGCGCUGGCCUCGGAGCCAGGCAGGCCCAACGGCCUGCUCUAAGGGUGCCAGCCCCCCGCCUGUCCGGGGGGGCUCAGGGGGCUGGCAUUGGUCCCCCGAAGAGACACUGUGCAGAGUCAGGGACUGACUUCUUCCUUGGGGGUGUCAUUUUGAUUUGCCUAACUUUGGCCAAGCAGCAGGCCGAGCCCAAGUCCUCAGAACUGUGUGGAGGAGGGGCGGGGCCAGGCCUGUCCCUGCUGUCUACCCUGCUGCUGUGUUUGCCGUGUCUUUGGCACCUUCGAGUCUCGGGUUUUCCCAUCCAUGCUGAUACUUGUGCACUGGGGUUGGUUUGAGGGUCUAUCCCAGCGUUUCAGGUCUUCCCACGGGUGGAGUCAGGCCAAAGGAAUGAGCAGGUGAGCAGAAGAGCUCUGGGAAGCAUAACCCUCUGUUUUCUGUUGUAGUCUCCUUGUUAAUAACAAGUAGAAGUAAUUUAAAUGAACUGCUCACCGUGCUCUGAAGAACCGUUUUGGAAUUAGAUUUUAGCUGAUUUAAAGAAAAUACGGCCUGACACUUGUUUUUUUAACUUCCCAAGUUGUAGAAGUUGUUCCUAACAUGGGGACUGCUGCCAUCUGGGAGGGAGUUGUUUCUGGGCCUCCUUCAGCCUGCCCACACUUAGGCCAGUGAUCAGGGUGCAUAGCUCGGGCUCCCUAUUGUGAGGGGACUUAGCACUCUCGGAUGGGGCUCACUGAAUCAAAAGGACCAAGGGGGAGAGAGCAGUGGGAGUGGACCCCAAAGCCCCCAUUGAGAAUGAGUCUGGGAAAGGAGCUGAGAGUACGGAGCCGCUUCCUCCCAGGAGUUCGGCGCUGGGGUUUCUCACCACAGCUCGCUUCCUCUUCCAUCUGCGUCCUCGCUGGGUUCUGCAGCCUCACAGGGUAGACGACUCCUUUGUUACUUACGGUUGUUCAGCUUGUAUCAGCUUGUAUUUGAGUUUGUUCCUGUUAGACCAGUUGUUCCUUGAGGUUGUUCAGAUGACACUUUCCCAAUUAGUUCUGGGGUUGACUGUUGCAGAGAUGAUGGAGAAAAAGCACGUGGGUGCUUGUCUCCCAGGAGAGGUGGAUGCCUGCCGCACUGCUGUUGGGAGUGGGCUCCUGGGUCCUGUGUGAGUGUCCCCUUUGAUGACUUGGCAGUUGCUUAGAAUAAAACUUGCUACUGGCAAAAAAA